AAGAAAAGGUGCCCUCUUUACUACUUGAAAUGUGUCUAUAUAUAUAAACAUUGUUAUUCAGUAUGGUUUGCCCAAUGAUGGAUGAUGUUUGAUAAAGUUGUCAACUUUUAAGUUUGUCAAUUUCUGUGCUGUUUGGUUGGUUGCAAGUGCAAGCGAAUAGUGUGGACGAGUGUUGAACCACAAUGGCAGAGGAUGAUAUAUACACCAAAGAUGGAACAGUGGAUUACCGUGGAAAUCCAGCUAAUAAAAAGGAAACUGGAACCUGGAGAGCCUGCCCCUUUAUCUUAGGAAAUGAAUGUUGUGAGAGAUUGGCUUAUUAUGGGAUGAGCACAAACUUGGUGCUUUAUUUUAAGAAUCGGCUAAAUCAGCACAGUGCUACUGCUUCUAAGAAUGUCUCUAAUUGGAGUGGAACAUGCUAUAUCACACCAUUGAUUGGAGCAUUCUUGGCUGAUUCCUACCUCGGAAGAUAUUGGACAAUUGCAGUUUUCUCAAUAAUAUAUGCUAUUGGAAUGACACUCUUGACAUUGUCUGCAUCAGUUCCUGGCAUGAAACCAACAUGUCAUGGAGAGGAAAAGUGUCAUGCUACUACUCUAGACAGUGCAAUCUGCUUCCUAGCUCUUUACCUUAUUGCUCUUGGCACUGGAGGGAUUAAGCCUUGUGUCUCAUCCUAUGGAGCAGAUCAGUUUGAUGACACUGAUUCGGUUGAGAAGGAACACAAGAGUUCUUUCUUCAAUUGGUUCUAUUUCUCAAUCAACAUCGGUGCUCUUAUUGCUUCUUCUCUAUUAGUCUGGAUACAAGACAAUGUGGGGUGGGGAUGGGGCUUUGGAAUUCCUGCUGUAACCAUGGCAAUUGCUGUGGUGAGUUUCUUUUCAGGCACUAGAUUGUACAGGAAUCAGAAGCCUGGAGGAAGCGCCCUCACUAGAAUAUGUCAGGUGGUAACAGCAUCCAUAAGAAAGUACCGUGUUGAAGUACCCUCUGACAAGUCUCUUCUAUAUGAGAUUAAUGAAGGUGAAUCUGCUAUAAAAGGAAGCCGAAAGCUUGAUCACACAAAUGAGUUAAGGUGUUUGGACAAAGCAGCAGUGAUAGGACAAUCAGAUAAAGUGGGAGCAUCAGCAAACCCUUGGAGACUUUGCACUGUAACUCAAGUGGAAGAACUAAAAUCCAUUUUGAGAUUACUUCCUGUAUGGGCAACUGGCAUCAUAUUUUCCACAGUGUAUGGUCAGAUGAGCACCUUAUUUGUGUUGCAAGGGCAAACAAUGAAUACUCAUGUUGGGAAUUCCAGUUUCAAAAUCCCUCCAGCUUCCCUUUCUAUCUUUGACACCCUCAGUGUCAUAUUUUGGGUUCCAGUGUAUGACAAGAUCAUUGUGCCAGUUGCAAGAAAGUUCACUGGGCACAGAAAUGGCCUAACUCAGCUCCAGAGAAUGGGAGUUGGGCUCUUCAUAUCCAUAUUUUCUAUGGUAGCUGCAGCUAUAUUGGAGCUCAUAAGGCUUAAAAUGGUGAGAAGGCACAACUACUAUCAACUUGAAGAGAUACCAAUGACAAUAUUUUGGCAGGUUCCUCAAUAUUUUGUGAUAGGUUGUGCAGAAGUGUUUUAUUUCAUUGGUCAGUUGGAGUUCUUCUAUGAGCAAGCCCCUGAUGCCAUGAGAAGUUUUUGUUCUGCUCUCUCACUCCUCACAGUGGCUUUUGGACAGUACUUGAGCUCUCUACUUGUGACAAUUGUGACAAAGAUUAGUACUAAGAAUGGAAGUCCAGGAUGGAUACCUGACAACCUAAACUUUGGUCACAUAGAUUAUUUCUAUUGGCUAUUGGCACUGCUAAGUGUUCUCAACUUGAUAGCAUUCCUUAUAGUCUCCAUGUUUUAUACUUACAAAAGACCAGUGGGAACUCUACGCUGAAAA